AUGGAGGCGAAUACUAUUCCCGCACCGGUUAACAAGCAACAAAGCUCCAAAGUUUCAGAUAUAAUAUCUGAAAAUAAAGAAGAUGUUUCCGCUGAAGAAGUGGAUGAAGAAGUCGAUGAUGCAUAUCAAGAAGGUGUUGAUGAGGGGGAGCUUCCACCCCUGGAUAAUUCAGAUCCACUGCCAGAAGUUGCAAACGAAGGAACUCAAGUUAGACGGUCCGAACGAGUACGUGCUCCAUCAACAAGAUAUCCGACUUCAAACUACAUCCUUCUUACUAGUGAGGGGGAGCCAGAGAGUUUUCAAGAAGCUCAAUCUCAUAUUGACAAAGCAAAUUGGCAGAAGGCCAUGGAAGAAGAAAUGAAUUCUUUGCAGAAGAAUCAAACAUAUGAGUUGAAGAGUUUUCCGACCCCAACACACGCCACCGUCCGGGCCGUCUCCACUGACUACUCAAAAAUGGCGGUGAUGAACUCCAUUCGUAUCGACGCUGCCAAGAUGACAUCGAUUAACGAUAUUGCCUCCAGGAUUUUGGAUGAGAAGCUGAACACCAGUAGCAUAUGGAUUUUGUUUACUAUGAUUUUCACCCGAUGUUCAUGCUUACGGAGCCACCAAUCGACCCGAUCUGAUACCAGGCUUUAUCCAUCUGGAACUCUAAAUUUGCAAUUCUAUAAAAAAGGUGUGAUUUUCGAUUUUGCAUGUGAUUGUAUCUCUGCUAAGAUGAAAGACAUUCUUGAACCUAAAACACAUGAGGAAGGAGCAAAGGACGCAACAAAAUGGCAAGAGUGUUGUUGAUUUGUUUAGAUGACAAAGAAAAGGUGCUUUUGCAAGAGUUAUCUUUAUGGUGAAAUCAGAACCUGAUCAAAUAUUAUCAAAAGGGAAAGGUAUAACAUUGUUUGAAAGUAUAAUUUUAUAAUGCAUAAAUUAAGGCACCUUUUUGUUUAUUUGAUAAAGGUUUAAAUACAUAAAGGUAGCAACAUAGG